AUGGCUUCCAGCUAUGUGUUUCCUCCAGCAGAAAGCGAGGGAAACCACCACCAAGGCCACUCUGGAUCGCGGCUCUCGCCAGCGAGAAGCAAUGGCAGCGCCCUGGCAGUCAACACGGCCGCAUCCAAUGGCAGCCUCUUCACUCAUGCCGAAGUGAGCCAAGAGAGCACUCCUCAAGCAUCGCCCAACACAGAACGAGAGCAACGCGCUCUCAUGACCGACUACAAGCAGUUUGCUGUCAACGGAAAUACACGGCAUGCCCAUACGCACACUCCACAUCACGACCACGACCACGGCCACGACCACAACCAUACCCACGCCCACGAGCCUCUUCACAGCCAUUCCCACCACAGUCACGCGCACAGCCACUCGCACACAUCGAUGAAGGCCCGGCAACGAGGGGAAUCUGACCUGGGUCGGCCAGCRUCCUUUACAUAUCAGCCUGUCGUGGGCAGCAUACCUACAGCGUCGUCAGCAUGGUUUUCCCUGCCCGAAGCCUUGACAAGUCUGCUCAUCCCCCUACCGUAUAUGCUUGCAUCUGCGGCAUAUUUAAAAGAAGACGGUUUCGAAGAUGAUGGUAUGCCUCCCCUUUCGGCAUACGCAAAGUUACAGCAGUCAAUUCUGGAGGAGCAAAAGCAUCAAUCACACGGACUGGAAAGGAUAGGGUAUGGCUUCAUCGAGGCUUGUACUCUCACGACAGGCACAUUACUGCUGGUGGGGCUAAUAGCCAAGAUGAGAUCCUCGGAGCGUAUGCUAGAUCGACGAAAGGACAAAACAGUUGCGCCCAGGCACGUCGACAGCGUGUUCACGCCAGCAUCGGUCGUCAAGAUGGUGGCAAGGGCGCUGAGUGUGGGUUUGCCAUUUUACUCUGCCACUCAGAUUGGAGGCAUGCGAACAGRUCUUGUUCUGCUUGUGGCUGUGGCGUCCAACAUAACAAAUACCGACUCGGCACGCAGGUCGUCGCUGAAUGAUUGGGCCCAAAUCUUCAAGACCAGGUCUGCCUCGCUCUUCGUGGUUAUCCUCGCUGCUUUGUUAGACUUCACCGGCGUUACAUUUAGAGCGGCUUUCCCGGACCUCUUGACAGGGUACUUGGCUUUGGUGUGCUCCCUGGUCCUUUUGCCUUCACCUUUGCCUACAACCGCGGCGUCAAGCUCACAGUCUUCGGCAGAUACGCCAACAGUAACAUCGCGACCGUCCUGGUCGCAAGUGGCUGCGUCACCUCUGGUGUCGUGCCCCGCUGAUGGUAGCCUUACGCUCACCGCGGGAAUUGGUAUGGCGUUCCUGACAGUAGUUGCGUCUUGGAUCCUCUCCACCUCGCCUCCCAUUAACGCUACAGCCAUCAUGUUCAGCACUCUCUCAGUCGCAUCAUCGGUUGCCGCGAUCUUUUUCGCUCGGCCUACAUCCCUUCGCAGCCAACACAAAGCAGGUCUUGGAAUUGGGUGCUUUCUUCUCGCGACUUGUGCAUUCCUGUUUUCUCCAUCCCUCUGGCCAGGGACCAUUUGCAACGGAGGCAUUUCUGCAUUGUCAUAUGUCGGCGUUCUGUACGAUACAUCAUCCGGUUCGACACAUAGAGAUCUAAACGAUCAUGUACACGACCAUGCGCACAACGCCCGAACUCAUAGCCAGUCGGCGGAGGGUAAUCAUUCCAUAUUGACAGGGUAUCUUCUGAGCAGAUGCGAGCCGGGCUCACUGGCGCACGGCAUAUUGGACGAGAAAGAUUCUCGGAGGAUUGCAUACUUUACCUGCCUCAACUUUGCUUUCAUGCUUGUGCAGGGUGUUUACGGGUACUGGAGCGGCUCACUGGGACUGCUGAGCGAUACUGUGCACAUGUUCUUCGACUGCCUGGGCUUGGUGGUUGGUCUCGGCGCUGCAGUCGCUUCGAAAUGGCCCACAAGUCCAGAGAGACCAUAUGGAUGGGGCAAGCUAAACACACUUUCGGGAUUUGGCAAUGGAAUCUUCUUGAUGCUGGUUAGCAUUGAAUUUGCUUGGGAAGCUCUCGAGGGUAUUCGGGAGCAGACAGAGAUUCGACAUGUUCAGGAGUUGCUUGUCGUCAGUACUCUGGGAUUUGCUGUCAAUAUGGUUGGUCUCUUUGCCUUUGGACACGCCCAUCACGGACACGACCAUGGCCACUCUCAUGGAGGAGACUCGCAUGGCCACGAUCACGGUCACGAUCACGGUCACGAUCACAGCCACGAUCACGACCACGAUCACGGCCACGAUCAUGGCCACGACCACGGCCAUUCCCAUUCCCACGGUGGACACUCUCACCAUCUAUCCGUUGCGAGCAUAGCUAGCGACGUGAGCUAUGCGAGUAACGGUAGUAACGGAACUAUCAAGAGCAAAUACGGCCAUGAUCACGCGCCAGCUGCCUCUGGCGGAGACAUUCAUGGCUUCGCUAACAGCCAUCAACAGCAAACAAGUGCAUCUUCGCAAACUCAUUCGCAUGACCAUCACAACGAGAACAUUCAUGGUAUUUUUCUGCAUGUCGCAGCUGAUGCCGGCGGCUCUGCCGCAGUAAUAAUCAGCACAGCGAUGACAAUUUGGAAACCCUGGUAUCUUUGGGAUCCGCUGGCGACAAUCAUCAUAGCGAUUCUCAUCUUCGCUGCUGCGGUACCUUUGGUGACCGGUUCUGCCAGGAAACUGCUUCUUGUCAUCCCGGAUGACCUUGAGUAUAACAUCAAGAACACACUGCAAGAGCUUGGCGAGCUUCGCGGCGUUAUCGGUUAUGCCGUGCCGAGAUUCUGGCUUGACGAUCGAGAAGACGCUCCAGAUCCACACGGCCACGGCCAUGAUCACGGCCCGCCAGCUGGAAAGGCGAAAGUUAUGGGUGUCAUACAUAUCAUUGCCGCACCGGCCGCUGAUUUGGACGAUGUGCGGCAUCGUGUAGAUGAGUUUGUAAAGGAAAAGGGCAUGGACUUGGUUGUACAUGUGGAAAGGGAGGGCAUUGAAGGGGAAGGCCAAUGCUGGUGUGGAGGAACUUGA